UUCGUCUUUUUUCGGAAGCAUCGUGAAACACCCCGACUGCCACCGACAGCUGCUGCUGCAGCUGAACAGCAAUUGUGCCAGCCCACAGGCACCCUCACAUCACAUUUCAGACGAUUUCUUCGGAUUCCUCGCUCGUCGGAUAUUACUCGUGCACUGCAAAUGCAAGCCAUUAAGUGUGUUGUUGUCGGCGACGGUGCCGUGGGUAAGACAUGCCUGCUCAUCAGCUACACCACUAAUGCCUUCCCAGGAGAGUAUAUUCCCACAGUAUUUGACAACUACUCUGCCAAUGUUAUGGUGGAUGGCAAACCUGUCAACUUAGGCCUCUGGGAUACAGCAGGACAGGAGGACUACGAUCGCCUUAGACCACUCUCCUAUCCCCAAACAGAUGUGUUUUUAAUUUGCUUCUCUCUGGUGAGCCCUGCUUCAUUUGAGAAUGUAAGAGCAAAGUGGUACCCUGAGGUUCGCCAUCACUGUCCAAACACCCCCAUAAUACUUGUGGGCACUAAACUUGAUCUGCGAGAUGACAAAGACACGAUUGAACGUCUGCGGGAUAAGAAACUAGCUCCCAUCACUUAUCCGCAAGGUCUUGCUAUGGCUAGAGAGAUUGGUUCUGUGAAGUAUCUGGAGUGCUCUGCUCUUACACAGCGGGGUUUAAAAACCGUGUUUGAUGAGGCCAUCCGUGCUGUUUUAUGUCCUCCACCUGUAAAGAAAAGGGGCAAGAAGUGUACUGUAUUUUGAGGAACACCGCAACUCAUCAAUAUGCCAUGUAACCAGCAGGCUCUUGCUCUUCAGCUCUGCUGUUAGCAACAGAAAAGU